AAUCUUAUAAAUUGAAUUUCUAGGCCCAUUCCUUAGUCGUAGACUACAGCUCUAGGGCCUUAAUUUUUACCACUGCAUGCCAAAAGCCAUGAGUCUUGUUUAGAGUUGUAAGUAAGCAUGUGAUAAUUUCUUAGUAAUUCAGUAACUGUUUAGUGUACAAAAAGUAGGGAAAUGCUUUAAAAACUAGUUGUUCAGAAAAUACAUUUUAGGAACUAUGUAAUUUGUUUCAGAUUAUAGGGAAAACGUGAAUUUCAUUGAAAGAAUUGCUACAUUUGAACCUAAGUAAACAUGAAUGAAUCUUUUAGCAAAGUUAACUGGCUGCAGAUGUAUGUUCUGGAAAUUAACUGGAAGGAAACUUCCAGAGCCUUACUUAAAUGGCUAGGUUACAAUAAAUUACAAUAAAUUGGAAGUCUACCACUUGUAUACUGUCUCUAUUUCCCAUGUUGUUGUUAUUCAAUUGCGCAGUUCUUUCACAAAUACUUACUCAGAAAUUAUUAAAGGAAAUACAGACAUUUAAAAUGACUUAUUAACAAAAAUAUUCAAAAUCCUUUAGCUUGUCAGAACCCACGGUGAUAUCUUCAGAUUGCUUGUUUUGCCUGACCAACAGUCCAAAAGUCUGACGUAUUCAUAUUACAAAAAUAGACAGAAAGGCAUUUGAGAAGCUGGAAUAUAUAGGAGGACAUGGCUGCCCAUGUUGGAGCUUCCCGUACUCCACAGGAAGUUAUGGAACACUAUGUCACCAUGUACAUCCAUGGAAACCUAGGUAAGGCCUGUAUCCCAGACAGCAUUCCCAACCGGGUGACCGACCACACCUGCCCAAGUGGGGGCCCCCUGUCGCCCAGCCUCACCACCCCUCUCCCCCCACUGGAUAUUAGCCUGACUGAACAGCAGCAGCUGGGCUACAUGCCGCUUCGUGACGACUAUGAGAUUGAAUAUGACCAGGAUGCAGAGAAGCUCAUUAGCGGACUGUCUGUCAACUACGAUGAUGAGGAUGUAGAAAUUGAGAUGAAACGUGCCCAUGUGGACAUGUAUGUGCGCAAGCUCCGAGAGCGCCAGCGACGCAAGAACAUCGCCCGAGACUACAAUCUUGUGCCUACAUUCUUGGGCCGAGACAAAAAAGACAAAGAGAAGGAGAAACCAGGGGCCCUGGGAGGCCUAGGCACUGCUGGUGGUGUGGGUGGGGGAGGAGCUGCUGGUGGUGCACUUGGAUCAGGUUCCACAGCAGCAGGAUCAGGUUCAGUACCAAGUACACCCAAGAGAAAGAUCACCAAAGAAGAGAAGGAGCAGCGAGUCAGGCUGCGGGGGCUCUGUCAGUUCAUGGCCCAUCGGGAGUUUGAAGACUUCUUUGAGAAUAUGCAUAAAGAGCGUGUGCUGAGGGCCAAGGUGCGUGAGCUGCAGCGCUACCGCCGCAACGGCAUCACCCGCCUGGAAGAGUCUGCUGAGUAUGAAGCAGCGCGCCACAAACGGGAGAAACGCAAGGAGAACAAAAGUGUGGUCACCUCCAAACGGGGCAGUGGAGGAGGGGGCGGGCUUGGCUCCGGGAUUGGACUCGGAGGAGGAGGGGGAGGAGGCAUUGCCGGAGGGUUGGGGGUUGGAGGUGGGAUCAAAGAAGAGGGGAAAGAUGGUGAGUUUGCUGCCAUCGAGAAUCUGACAGGCUUUGAGCUGCUAUCAGACAGGGAGAAGGUGCUGUGUAACUCUCUCAACCUCAGCCCAGCACGCUACCUGACUGUCAAAACCAUCAUCAUCAAAGACCACCUGCAGAAAAGGCAAGGCAUCCCGGCUAAGAGCCGGCUGCCCAGCUAUCUGGACAAGGUCCUGAAGAAGCGCAUUCUCACCUUCCUCACAGAAAGUGGCUGGAUAUCCCGAGACGCCUCUUAGCGAUCCAUCAUUGCUCAUGAAGACAAGUUGAUAAGCGCUGAUAGCUUAUUUGCUAUAAGCUCUGGAGGCAGGAAAGAACUACUGGCUUUCACCUUUUUUCCCCCAGAGGUGAUCUUCUGAAUAUCUACAUUGCAAAGAGAGAGGAUGCCCCAUUGGAAAAAUAUAUUUUCAUACCAGGGUCACGAUAAAAAAAACAAAAACCUAUAUUUUUGCAUCUGGAAAGGGACGGCAGUGAAACUGUGGGUUCACAAUACUGUGUCCAUCUUGUUACUACAUGAUACUAACUACAGUGUUAACAAGUAUCAUGUAUUGUUACUGCCACAGGUUUAUUGGGGAAAACUGAUGGCAGCAGUGGCUCUGAUGGGAAACCUUAACGAUCACCUUUGUGGUUGCAGAUGUUUUUCGGGAUCUCUUACCUGACUGGGUUAGCUUUGUUGGGUGUUUUAUCAGUUAAAGCCACAUUCGGUCAUUUCCAGCUGGAAGUAUUUUCUGACAUUUUAAGGCCUUAAUUUUCUUGAAAUUGUCAUACAACUUUAAGUAAGCUCUCAGAUCUUUGCCCAGUUUCAUCCCUUCAUCUUGGCUACAAGGGGAGGAAAACAAAAAGCAACAGGGCUCAGCCAUCAUCUAGCUUUCUCUGGACUCAGCUCUUGCUGUUUCCUGAGUGUAGUUUGUAUCAGAGCCCGACCCAUAUAUCACCGUAGAGCGAGAUCGAUAAGGCUCAGGUAUCAGGUCAUAUUGGCCGAUAAAUAACAAGAAAUGCCAAAGAUUAGUUAAGAAAUUUAGCAGCAGCCUACAUUUCAUAGUCUGUCUACCAGAGAGCACUGGCAGGUUCAUUUUUCAAAUGUAAAACUGUUCAUUCUGCAUUAAGUGGUUGGUUAUAAUUCUUUAAUAAUUAAAUUUAUAGGAUUCCAAUCAGAAAAAUUAAAUCAUGCUAUCUUUGUUUUUUUAAAGAGCAUCAGCUAAUAUAUUGUAUUUAAGUCUUAAAGCCCCAAAUCUUAAGUACUUUUCUAUAACCUAAAAAUUUUUGUGCUAUAUAAGCAACAAGUUAAAAACAUUUUUAAGAGAGUAAUAAUACUCAAUCUGCUUGAUCAGAACCAUGUGGGUACCCCGCCCACUUCAAACCCCUGACAAGGCGCAGAGAAAACCGAAAUGCUGAUAUUUCUAGACGUUUGCAGAGAAAGCUGUGUUCACAUAGGAGCCCAGUGCUUGUUGCCAGAAGGUGAGUGAGAAAAUAUUUGUAUCAGUUUCUAUCAAAAAUCCUUUAUGGAUCAGGCUCCAAUUAGUAUUUUAUUCCAGCCUUCAGUUUGUCCCCAUGAGAUCAUCAUGGAGGAGAAACGCUUCCUUUUUGGGAACUUAACUUUGAAUCUGCCCCCAAAAACUUUACUUAAAAUGUUCUACUCUCCACAUGGUACAGUACAGCUCAAGAAGCUGAAUGUGUAAGGGCAUUAACCCUUUACUCCAAGAUUAUUAGCACCAAGUGUAUGUGUGUGUGUGU